UGGGAUUUGAUGAAGAGAGAGAAACAAGGAGAGAGAGAGAGAGAGAGAGAGAGAGAAACAAGGAGAGGAGGGGAAAAUUAGGGGUGAAAUUGAGGAGAAUUUUGGUUCUUUUGAUGAGUUUUUGAUCGAUCAGAGGGUUCUAAAGCGCCCGAAUUCCAAGCAUGGCCUGAGAUCCAAUCGUAUGAUGUGGAAAUUUUCCAUUUUUUUGAAGAUCUGAAGGUGUUUUGGGAUUUUAUGAGGGUUUUUGUGAAAUCAAAGGUUGCUUUCACUCUGCCACGCAUGGUUGUUCUUUUUCUUGUACACGAUGAAUUAACAUAGUUGUUGACCGUGCGUUUGGAUCUGAAUAAGCUAUGGUGUCGACAAAACGGUUGGGGUAUGGUUUCAAUGGCAAUCAGUCACCUACCAUGCUCCUGGUCCCAAGAUCAGCCAAGGGUAAGCGAUCUGUCAGAAAGAAAUCAAGGGAUAAUCACACAAAUGCAAUCGAUAUGCUUGCGACUAUAGCUGCUGAUUUGUUAUUGGAGAGUGAAAAAUCCUUUACUGCACCGGUCAUUGGUGGACCAUCCAACCCUACCUCAAACGGUACCCUUAAGAAGGAAGACCUCUUUGAAGUGAAGCCAAUCAAAGAGGAAGCAUUUGACCAGGGAAGUUGCAGUGAGAGUGUAUCGGGUUCUAAUGGUGGUUGUGCUUUGAAGGAGCACGGAAAGCUCAAUUCUGAUGUGUGUAGUAAGAAUCCUACCCAGAAGGAGUUGAUGACAAAGUGUAUUAGUGGUGAUUGUGGAUAUCCUUUUGAAAGACAUUCUCCAUGUUAUGCUGAAUGCUGGGAAGGUAAUUUGGCUGGUGGAAUGAGGGCAUUGAAUCAAUGUGAACCGCUGACGAACAUGAGUCCCGACAUCUGGAAAGGUUUGGAAACUUGCAUUUUGGGGGAACUGAUGCAAUUGGAUUCAAAACCUUCCGCAUUGGUUAGCUCGGACAGCAGUGUUGAAGUCCCUUCUAGUGAGGAUCACAUUCCUCGUAAUACUUCCUUCCCUACCGGUUGGUGGGAGGAAAAGCAAUUACAUUUAGAUAGAGAUGAUGAUGAUGAUGAAAACUGUUCAAGAUGUACCCAUGGUAGUACAAUAACCUCAAAGGUCUUUAGGUCUCACGAUAAACAAAAUGACAGGAUUAAAAAGCUACUAAUGUCCAAGUUCAGGAAGGAUUCUCGUUUGUCAACAAAUCGAGACUUCCCGAACUCUGAUGUAGAUAAGAAGCUGCUCUUUAGCAGUAGGAAAAUAGGUUACACUCGCAAAAGGACACAGAGGUAUCCUUUUAAGAGGAGAAAGUGUUUCCAUCGAGGAUUGAUGUCAACCUAUGAUGAGGCAGUUAACUAUGAAUAUAUGUCUAACCUGCCUGAAAUAAACAUGAAGGUUGAAAAUUUUGAUAUGGAUGCAAGUUUGCAUGAAGCUAAUAUAAAAUCUUCCAACGUUACUGGACAGAGAUCAAUACAUGAAUCAGAAGAUUUUCAUGUAAAACUAAGGAUCAAGUCUUUCAAGGUGCCAGAACUCUUUGUCGAGAUUCCUAAAAGUGCUACCGUUGGUUCUCUCAAGAGGAUGGUUAUGGAAGCAGUGACUGCUAUACUUAGAGGUGGAAUUCAUGUUGGUGUUCUCCUGCAAGGGAAGAAGAUUAGGGAUGAUAGCAAAACUUUGUUACAGGCCGGAAUUUCUCAUGGUGAUAAGCUGGAUAAAUUGGGUUUUAUUUUGGAGCCUGAUAAUGUUACUUUAUCUCCUCCUCUGCUUACAAACCAUGAAGAGCCUUCCCCGCUUCUUCCUUGUAAUGCUACUGAGCCAUUAACCAGAUCACCUUCUGCUACCCCUUUAGCUGAUCCAUCAACGAUCAUUGCCCUCCCAGAGCUUCCAAAUCCAUCUGCAGUAAAUUCUCCAGAAAGUGAUCAUAAUUCAUUUCACUUUCCUAUGGAUGUUCCGCUGCAGGAUGACCACCAGGACGAAAUAUCAUCAGAUUCCCGAGCUCUGGUUCCAGUUCCGGCCACGAACAUGAAUGCUCUAUCCAUUGUCCCAAUUCAGAAGCGAAAGCGGCCUGAACAUUCUCAGCGCAGGAUAAGAAGACCCUUCUCCGUCUCAGAAGUUGAAGCACUUGUCCAAGCAGUUGAAAUGCUCGGAACGGGAAGGUGGCGAGAUGUCAAAAUUCGAGCUUUUGACAAUGCCAAUCAUCGAACAUACGUAGACUUGAAGGACAAAUGGAAGACAUUGGUGCACACGGCGAAGAUAACACCUCAACAGAGGAGAGGGGAACCGGUCCCGCAGGAACUCCUUGACCGUGUGCUCGCCGCUCAUGCUUACUGGUCUCAGCAGCAAGCCAGGCUCCCAACCAAACCCUCUCCGGCCGAAGACUGCAUGCUAAACUAAUCAAGUUGCUCUCCGUUGUCCAUUCCGACAACAACUCUUAUUGUAAAAAAGAAAACAACACAGUUUCGACAAAACUGGUGAAAUCAUGAAGGUUAGAAAAGAUUGGUGGUGUGUUUGUAAUAUUCUUCUCUUCACUAAAAAUUCUCAAAGCUGAGGUUCUCUCCCUCCCUCCCUAUACAGCAUUAAGGAAGGGGGUUUUUCUUCUUGGCUUUUUUGUACAUGUUCAUCCUCCUGCUUGCAAAUAAGAGAAUAAACACUGCUUUCAUUGACAGCAUUGAUUCAA